ACUCAGCAAUGUCAGAGAGCACGUAUAAAAGGUGACGACUCGUCGGUGUGUCGGCGGAGCCGCUUCCCAGGACCCUGCAGAGGAAUUAACACCAUCAGAACCCUCACUGAUAGACGGCCAACGUCCAAUAGUCUGCAACAAAACUUAAUACUUUUAUCACCUGGAGCAACAUGAGAGAGUGCAUCUCCAUCCAUGUGGGCCAGGCAGGUGUCCAGACUGGAAAUGCAUGCUGGGAGCUUUUCUGCCUGGAGCACGGCAUCGGGCCUGACGGCGUCUCCCUGGGUGGCCCUGCUGAGCUGAACUCUCGUGAAGAUCCCUUCAACACUUUCUUCAACAGCGGGAGCUUCGGCCGCCACGUUCCCAGAGCCGUGUUUGUGGACCUGGACCCCACGGUGAUCGAUGAAGUGAGGGUUGGAAAGUACAGAGAGCUCUUCCACCCUGAGCAGCUGAUCUCUGGAAAGGAGGACGCUGCCAACAACUACGCCCGCGGCCAUUACACCGUCGGGAAGGAAAUCAUCGAUGGAGUCAUGGAGCGUGUUCGGAAAAUGACGGACCAGUGCACCGGCCUGCAGGGGUUCCUCGUUUUCCACAGCUUUGGGGGCGGCACUGGCUCCGGGUUCACCUCUCUCCUGAUGGAACGUCUCUCGUUAGAAUACGGCAAGAAAUCCAAGCUGGAGUUUGCCGUUUACCCGGCUCCUCAUGUGUCCACGGCCGUGGUGGAGCCGUACAACGCCAUCCUGACCACCCACACCACCAUAGAGCACUCCGACUGCGCCUUCAUGGUGGACAACGAGGCCAUCUACGACAUCUGCCGCCACAACAUGGACAUUAACAGUCCCGGUUACAUCAACCUGAAUAGACUCAUCGGCCAGAUCGUGUCCUCCAUCACCGCCUCCCUUCGCUUCGACGGUGCCCUCAACGUUGAUCUGACGGAGUUCCAGACCAACCUGGUGCCAUUUCCACGGGUCCACUUCCCCUUGGUUACCUACUCUCCCAUCAUCUCUGCUGAGAAGGCUUACCACGAGCAGCUGAGCGUGUCCGAGAUCACCAGCGCCUGCUUCGAACCGACCAACCAGAUGGUGAAGUGCGACCCUCGUCGGGGCAAGUACAUGGCCUGCUGCCUGCUGUACAGAGGCGAUGUUGUCCCAAAGGACGUGAAUGCUGCCAUCGCCAGUAUAAAGACGCGGCGCUCCAUCCAGUUUGUUGACUGGUGCCCCACCGGCUUCAAGGUUGGCAUCAACUACCAGCCCCCCACUGCAGUCCCCGGGGGAGACCUGGCCAAGCUCCAGAGGGCCGUGUGCAUGCUGAGCAACACCACCGCCAUCUCUGAGGCCUGGUCUCGGCUCAACCACAAGUUCGACCUCAUGUACGCCAAGCGGGCCUUUGUGCACUGGUACGUGGGGGAAGGCAUGGAGGAGGGGGAGUUUGCAGAGGCCAGAGAGGACCUGGCCUGCCUGGAAAAGGAUUAUGAGGAGUUGGGCCGAAUGAGCUCGGACUCUGAAAACGACGAUGAAGAAGUUUGAACCUAGUGAGCUGCGAUGCCAGUAAUGAUCUUGUUUUUUGGUUGUUUUUGUGGGGGGGGUGAUUCGUACGGUGGUCGAGACCCGCCAUUGCGGAAAAUUAAAGAAACGCUGCAAAUCAAAAGUAACGCCGCUGCAAAUAAAAUAAACGCUUUGCAAAUAAAAUAAAUGCUGAAAAUAAAAAGAAACGCCGCAAAUUUUUUUUAAAACGACGCAAAUAAAAAAGCCACAACGGAAUUAAAUUACCGGGGACUAUUUUUGCCGAUGCACCUGUGUUUUUAUGUGAGAGGAGAACAAGAAGACAAAGAGGACGUAAGUGAAAAGGAAGAAAUAAGAAGAGCGAGGAAUAAGAACAACGAACGAGAAAAUAAGUGAAAAGCUUAGUGUUCAACGUCGCUACAUGUAAUUUUUAAUGUGCGACACCGGUGCAUCAGCAAAAAUAGUCCCCGGUAAUUCACUUCCGUUGUGGCUUUUUUAUUUCCGUUGUUUUUUUAUUUUAUUUGCAGCGGCGUUUCUUUAUUUUUGCAGCUUUUAUUUUAUUUGCAGCGGCGUUUCUUUUUGUUUGCAGUGUUUAUUUUAUUUGCUAAGCGUUUAUUUAAUUUGCAGCGGCGUUUGUUUCUGUUUGCAGCGUUACUUUUAUUUUCAGUCUCUGCCACCGUAGAUUCGGGCAUUAGAUUAAAAAAAGUUACGUCAGAAUCUUCAUUCAGAAAUGUGCUCUAAAAAAAAAGUCUGAUUUGGUAUCUUCUUUAUGAAACCACAGCUCGAAGGUGAUGAUCACCACUUUCUCAUAUCAGAUCUCAGCGCUGCCAUAACUAUGUCAUAGUAAAAAGGUACUGUACUAAUUUUACUCUGAACAUAAUAUAAAAACAAGUAUUGUGUGAAAAUACUACAUGUGCAAAUAAUCUCACAUAUUUAAUGAAUCAACGAUUUAUUUGGGAUUUUUGAAAUGUAAGAAAUAGUUCCUUUUUACUGACAAUUAUAUAAUGUACAAUAAAGAAACUCAACCCAUAUAAGGUGGUCCAUUGUGCUUCCAGUCGGUAGUGGUACACUUGUUUUGUGUUUUACGUUGUCAGAAAUCAGGAAGAUGACUCAAAUAACCCCCCGUACUACCCCACUCUUUAGCAUGAGUACAGCUCCGUCUGGACUGGUAUGUUAUGGUCUGGAAGUCCUGGCCUGGCCUGCAUGUUCCCCACCAGCUGUGCAGGGUGGACGGCUGUUCCUGCAUCAGAUGGCAUCACACCCAUGCAAUAGUGUCAAGGAGGGAAGAAAAAUGGAGAACAUCCAGCACAUCCUAAUCUUUCUUUUUGGCAUCUGACUAGAAGAAUUUAAGCUUCUCAAGUUUGACAUCAGGCUUUGGUGGAAUUAUGUUGGAUGAUCCUUUGGCAAGACAGAAACGACUUUUCAAGAAGGUCAUUGCACUUGUGUAGGAAAUGAGGAAUCAAUCAUUACUCCAAAUGUAAAAACUACAGGCUUCCAGUCAGUUUCAGGAUCAAUUUUAAUAGUCUUGUUUUAACGUUCAGAGCUCUAAAUGGUACGGCACCCCAGUAUAUCUCUGAGCUUUUGUGUCCUUGUGUUCGAUCUCUGCGGUCAUCGGACCAGAGAUUGCUGCUGGUGCCUCGCUCUCACUUCAAAACACGCAGUGAUCAGGUUUUUGGGACCCUGGAACUCUCUCCCACCUUCUCUCCAUUCUAUAGUCUCAGGGGACACUUUUAAAAAAACAUCUGAAAACAUUCUCAUUCAGACUUUUAAGUGAUGGUUAAUGUUGUCUUACGCUGUGGCGUGUUUUCUUGUUUCAUCGCUUUCAUCCAUCACUAUUAUGUUUUAUCAUAAAGCACUUUGUGACUGGUGUCUGUUUUCUCUUUUCCUGCUCUGCCCAGCUGGUCUUCAGCAGGAGGUUCCCCCUUAUGGUCCUGGU